CCCGAAAGGGUAUUUUUGUAAUUUUAUUUAGCUGAGAGUAUUUUUUUUUGUUACAUAUUUAUGGAUUUAAAUAUGUAUGGGAUUAUUUUUAUGAUAAUAUAAUAUUUGAUUUUAUUGGCAUGUGCAUAAUGCCUAAUAGAUACAUAUGUGUGGAUAUUGUUAUAUUAUCAUUAUUAUUAUUAUUAUCAUUAUUAUUAUUAUUAUUAUUAUUAAUAUUAUUAACAGUUAUAUAUAUAUAUGCUAUACGUAUACGAAUAAAACCGAACCGAACCUAACGCCUAUUUUGGUGGAAUGGGAAUCGCUCCACUUCGGUUCAAUGCGAUAUUUUGCUUGGGUUUAAACACGAUAGAAAUUAGGUUUUAAACUCUAUUUUCGUUCACCCAAAACAGAGAACCAACGAGAGAGAGAGAGCACGUAUACGGCGUAUACGGUACCGAAAACUUUCGUUUCUUCAAGCGGAGUGAAACCUGGGUGAACGUGGGGGUUUGGGAUCACUUAUAUACGACCUAAGGAAGCUUUUUAACGUGGUAUAAGGGGCGGAAGUCGUCGUUUUGAGAUUCGCCAUUUUUGAAGCUUCAAAGGUGCGGCUUAGUUACGGACUCGAAUUCGAACGUGUUUAAGCUUGUUCUUGGGUCAAGGGAGGUUAUAUUUGAGUGCAUGGGACCCUAAGGAUUGUUUUUGACGUAAGAAAACGAAGCUUUAACGUCCAAAACGAAAAUCCAAAAUUUUGACUCCAUUAAAGGCGGUACACCGCCAACGAAGAAGACAACCCCGAUCUGCCUUCUCGGACCAUUUUUCUUGAUCGUUUUGAGGUCCUGAGCAUUGUGGAGAGCUUCCCCAAUCGAAAGGACGCUUCAAGAGCCAUCGGAGACAAAGUUACACUUUACCGGCGACGAAACCGACGAGAACGCCGGCGACCGCGUUCUGACCGUUUCUGAGGAUCUUGUUCUCAACAAGGAAAUUCGUUGAGGUGCUCGAGGUAGCAAGUGUGGUCUUAGCAACUGAGGAGUUUAGAAAUGCCUCCUAGAAGGUCAGUUAGAGUGGGUCGAGGUCGAGGUCGAGGUCGAGGCCAAGGCCAAGGCCGAGAUGAUGGAGGGAACAAUGAACCGCCUCAAGCACCACAGGGAUGGGAAGAGCGCAUUGCCGCACUGGAAGGAAUCAUUCAUAGGCAGGAUGAAGAACUUCGUCAGCUGAGACGUCAACCGGAGCCGCCAGUCCAAAUAAGGCAGGAUGCAGAAAAUAGAGACCCACCAGCUGCAGUGGUAUAUCCUGCUACAGAGGCUAGACAUGAGUUGUUAGCAGAGAGAUUUCGGAAACAACACCCACCUGAGUUUGAGGGAGGCAUAGACCCGGUAGUGGCUGAGGAGUGGAUAAGUCGCAUAGAAAGCAUUUUGCAGAUGCUAAGGGUGGAUGGGAAUGACCGAGUGAAGUGUGCAUCUUACAUGCUGAGGAAAGAUGCUCGUAUCUGGUGGGAGGUGGUGGAACAAACAAAGGAUGUAGAUACCAUGAACUGGGACGAUUUCAAAAGGGUCUUUAAUGAGAAGUAUUAUAACUCAGCAGUUCUAGCAGCAAAGGUCGAUGAAUUUACUGGGUUAGUCCAAGGGAGUCUUACUGUGACUGAAUAUGCACAAAAAUUUGAUAGAUUGGCAAAAUUCGCUCCAGAUCUGGUACCUACUGAUAGAGUGCGAGCACAUCGAUUUGUGGAGGGCCUGAAACCAAUGGUUGCUCGAGAUGUGGAAAUUGUGUCAAGGGGUCAAUUCAGUUAUGCUCAAGUUGUCGAAAUGGCUCUUACGGCGGAGCGGAGUGAAAACAAAAUUUGGAAGGAAAAUGCUGCCAGGAGAGAAUCUAAGAAAGGUGGAGCCAAUUCUAAUGACCACAAGAAACGGGGACAGGACCAGUCCGGGCAGCCAAGUCAAGACAAGAGGUACAAAAGUGAUAACGACCAACGAUUUAAUGGCAGCAGUGGGCGAAACAUUCCAGAAUGCCCUAAAUGUACCAAACGUCAUCUCGGCGAGUGUCGCGCAAAAGCAUGCUACAAAUGUGGAAAAGAAGGACACAUCAAACGCAAUUGCCCACUGUGGGGACAGACUGGGAACAGAGCAGAACCCAAGAAAGAUGACAAGUAUGUUCCAGCCAGAGUUUUUGCCAUCACUCAAGCAGAAGCUGAGGCCAGUCCUUCGGUUGUAUCAGGUCAGAUUCCUAUGGCCAACACCACUUGUAAAGUUUUGUUUGAUUCUGGUGCAACUCAUUCCUUUAUUGCUAGCACAAUUGUAAAUCAUAUAAAUGCACCGAGUGAAUUAUUUACUGUGGGGUUUGGGACCAUGUUACCAUCUGGGGAGGUUGUAAUCUCUAGAAGUUGGCUUAGGGGUAUACCUGUCAGGAUAGAUGGUAGAGAAUUAUUUGUAGACCUGAUUGUAUUAGAUUUAUUUGAUUUUGAUGUAAUCUUGGGCAUGGAUUUUCUUACCAAAUAUGGAGCAUCAAUUGACUGCAAGCAAAAGAAAGUUGUUUUCACACCAGAAGAUGGAGAGACUUUCGAGUUCAGGGGGGUAGGAAAGAAACCCCGCACUCCUAUUAUUUCGGCAAUGAAGGCUGGGCAACUAUUGCAGCGUGGGUGCUUAGGGUAUCUAGUUAAUGUGGUUGAUGACACCAAGAAAAUUGAAAGAAAGUCGGAGGAAACACGGGUAGUUGCUGAGUUUCUUGAUGUAUUUCCAGAGGAGUUACCCGGGUUACCACCACACAGAGAAAUCGAAUUUGUGAUAGAAUUAGUGCCCGGAACAGCACCAGUUUCCCGCGCACCAUAUAGGAUGGCACCAUCGGAAUUGAAAGAACUCAAAAUACAGUUGGAAGAAUUGCUUAAGUUAGGGUUUAUCAGACCUAGCUACUCUCCGUGGGGCGCACCAGUUCUAUUUGUUAAAAAGAAAGACGGUACUAUGAGAAUGUGCAUAGAUUACCGAGAAUUGAACAAGGUGACUAUAAAGAAUCGGUACCCACUGCCGAGGAUUGACGACUUGUUUGACCAGCUUCAAGGGAAAAAGGUGUUUUCUAAGAUUGAUCUUCGUUCAGGGUAUCAUCAGCUAAGAAUCAAAAAUGAAGAUAUACCGAAGACAGCCUUCAGAACGAGAUACGGGCAUUAUGAGUUCAUGGUGAUGUCAUUUGGACUUACAAAUGCCCCAGCAGCUUUUAUGGACCUCAUGAACCGAGUCUUCAAGGAAUAUCUGGAUCAGUUUGUCAUUGUAUUCAUAGAUGAUAUAUUGAUUUAUUCUAAGACAGAGGAGGAACAUGAGGAGCACUUACGCUUGACCUUGCAGCGACUAAGAGAACAUCAAUUGUAUGCCAAGUACAAAAAAUGUGAGUUCUGGUUGUCCGAGGUUGCAUUUUUGGGCCACAUUGUCACUAACGGGGGAAUAAAAGUAGAUCCCGCCAAGGUUCUUUGCGGUGAAAGAAUGGCCUAG